AUGUUCUAUAAUCAUCGAACACGAGCCUUACAAAAUUUCUAUUUAAGAAAGCAAGCAACAACUCCAGCAAACGAUAGUGAUAAUAAUCCAUCGAAACCAUCACAAGAAUCACCACCAGAAUCAUCAUCAAUGCAAUCAUCAGAUGUUGUUGAUGAUUCAAAUGAUGUUCGUGACACAUCAAUAAAUAUAUCAUCACCGGCAUCACCGAAAACUUCGCAUUCAUUAAUUUCUAAAUUAACAGAUGCAAAAAAAUCAUUAUUUGGUCGAACAAAUGUACCUGAUCCAUUCUUUUCAUCAGCUACACAAAAUAAAGCUUUAUUAACAUAUAUUCUUUCUGAGCCAAAUCCGCAAUUGGAGGUUAUAAGAGAAUUUGAACGUAGUGGUGCACAAUUGAAUUCAAUUACUGAUGAAGGAAAUACUGUAUUACAUUUACUUGCACGUGCUGAGAUACAUUCAGCUGAAUCGAUUAGUAUUGUGGAAUAUUUAACGAAAAAAGGAGGUUGUGAUCCUAGUAAACAAAAUGAUUAUGGAUGGACGGCAGCUCAUUAUGCUCUAGCAACUCGUAAUACAGAUUUAGCUUUAAUUUUAUUCAAAACUAUGACUGAUGUCAAUGUGCCAACAUGCGAAUCUCAUAUGGAUUAUCCUAGUCAAACAUAUCUUCUACAUGUUGCAGCACGUAAGAAUGAUAGUUUAAGUAUACGCUUAUUAACAAAAACUUAUAAAGCUCGCAUUAAUGUUUUUGAUGAAAAUGGUUGUACUCCUUUACAUAUAUCUUGCUAUGAAGAUAAUAUUGAAGCAUUAAAAGCUUUAUUAGAAAAUGAUGCUGACUUUCAAAAGGGUACACGUUUAAAUCCAUUCGAAACACCCGUAUGUGUAUGUGUUAAAUUUCAACAUGAUUCUUGUUUAAAAGCUUUAUUUGAUUUAACACCAAAUUUUAAUUGGAAACGUUAUUUUUCUCAAUUACCACGUUCACCAUUAUUAUGCGAUUUUCCAAGUAUAGAUUCAAUUGAAUUGCUUGUUCAACAUUCGCUAGAUAUAAAUACAUGCGAUGAACAUGGAAAUACAUUUGUACAUUAUUUAGUUCAUAAAAAAGAUAUUGACUAUGCGAAAUAUGUUGAAAAACUAAUUGAAAAAUCAGCUGAUUUCAAUCAACAGAAUCAACUUGGACGUACACCAUUUCUAAAUGCAUUGGAACAAAAUAAUUUUCAAUUAUUGGCUGUUUUUCUUCGUCAUAUUGAUGUUACAAACAUAAAUAUUGUCGAUACUUUAUUAAAUACAGCAUUACAUUAUUGCAAGUAUUUACAUGAAAAGUUUAUUUACGAUAAUGUUUUAACAUCAAAUCCGUCGUUGUUAAAUGCACAAAAUCGUGAUGGACAAACACCAUUACAUGAUGCUGUAUUAUGUGAUAAUUACACGUUUGCACAAUAUCUUCUUCAACAUAAUUGUGAUGUUACAUUAACGAAUAAAGAUGGAAAUACAUCGCUUCAUUUAAUUGCUCGAGAUGAUAAUGUUCGAAUGUGUAAAUUAUUAAUGAAAUAUACACAAAUAGAUUUAACAGUAAUGAAUAAACUUGGUAAAACUCCAUUACAUUUAGCUUGCGCAAAUGAAAAAGCCAACGUUGCAGCUAUAUUAAUUAAUAAGAUGAAUAUUGAACAAAUGAAUCUAUUAGACGUACAGGGACGUACACCAUUACAUGAAUGUGUAGAUAAUGUAAAUGGUUCAUUAGCAAGAUAUUUAAUUCGCCACGGUGCAGAUGAAAAUGCCAAUGAUAUACGAGGAAAUACAGUUUUACAUUUGACAACAGAAAAGGGUAACAUCGAAUUAGUUCGUACAUUACUCAAAUCAUCAAAUGUUGAUAUUAAUCAAUUAAAUCUUGAUGGUCAAUCGCCAGUUAGUUUAGCAAUAUUAUACAAUCAUGAUGAUGUGUGUAAACUUUUACUGGAACAAGAAAAAAUCUGUAUAAAAUCAAUAGAUUUGAAAAUUGCUAUGCAAAUGAAUAAUUAUGAAAUCGUACGAUUAUUAAUUGAAAAAGAUUCAAAUUGUUUACGUGUACGUUCAUCAACACAUGGGGACAUGAUUAUUCAUACAUAUAUGAGAUCAAAUUUGAAUAAUUCUCUUUGUCUGGAAACUUUACUUUCAUUUAUUUCGGACAGUGAAUUAUUAACAUAUUUAUCGGAAAGCAGUUUGACUUUUGGCGAUAAUUUACUUCAUAUAGCAGCUCGUGAAGAUACACCAAAUGCUUUAAAUUCAUUUCUUAAUAUAUCUCGUGUUAAAUUUUGGUUUUGGGCAAAUAUGAUGUUAACAAAAAAUAAUGAUAAUAAAACACCGAUGGAAUUAGCUAAUGAAUUUAAACAUUAUUCGAUAAUUAAAUUAAUCAAUUCUAAAUGGAAAGAAUCUUAUGAACAUUUAUCUCAUUCAUUACGUGACGGUCAUUGUGGUGUAUCACCGACGGGUGUUACACAAGCAAAACGGCAAUGUUUCAAUUGUCAACAAACAGGUUUUAUUCAAAUAGAUUAUCAACAAGGUUUAAGACCAUGUGAAAAAUGCAAUGUUUGCUUAUACAAAUCGCUUGAUAAUAGUAUGCAAGUCUUUCUAGCAUUAUUAUUUAGUGAUGAAUCAAGUACAAUAGCACUUGAUAUAAUGGAUUCAUUAAUUGUUAUUAAUGAAGUGCAAAAAAUUGUUCAUCUUUAUCUUGAUCAUAUUGAACCAUGGGAAGAAUUUGACAAAAUUGAUCUAAGUGAAUCAACAAGUCUUAUUAAUGAAUUGGUUAUUGCUACUGAUAUUCGAAAGAGUCGACUUAAACAUCGUACUAAAGAAAAAUCUAUAAAAGCUCCACUAAUAUCAAGCAAUACUGGAACAUCACCAUCACCGUCACCAAUGCUAACUAAUAAAACAGCAAUAUCACCGCCAAAUAAUAAUUCAUCAGGACUAAAUGUACCAACUUAUGCACCUCGGCCUUCAAUUACACACAAAUUUCGACCUGAUGGCACACAAUUUCGUUCAAUAACACCCUUAGAAGCUAUUUAUUAUCAUGAACGUCUUGAUUUAAUAACUCAUCCAUUAAUAAAAGGUUUAAUUAAAUGGAAAUGGGAUAAUUUUGCAGCUAAACGUUUUUAUAUUUAUUUGGUACUUGAAAUGCUAUUUCUUAUAUCAUGGACAUGCAGUUCAUUGAUGACACCAUUUCCUAUUCGUUAUGUUUAUCGUUUUCCAGACGAUAUUUGGCGUUGUAUACUUUGGGCAAUAAGUAUUACUUUUCUUGUAUGGCAAAUAGUACAAGAAAUGUUCGAUAUAAGUUAUGCACGGCAACGUUAUGAAGAUUAUAUUAUCUGGGAAUCUGAACGAACUAAAAAUCGCAUAGAUUUAAUAUCAAAAAAUAAAUAUAAAUCAAAUAUAAGUGGACAAUCAUCACAACCAGGUGACAAGAAAGCUGAUACUUUAGCAAAACUUAAUGCUAAUACUGGAGAAGUAGAACAUGUUGUUUUUGAUAAUGCAACAGCAAACAUAACGGUAAAUCCAACAUUACCAAAUUUACGUUCUCAUCAUUCUCAACAUUAUCCAUUACCACCAGCAAUACCGACAAUGAUCAAGGGUAAACCUACUGAAUCUAACCCAGCACAACAGAUACCUAUUGAUGUCAUUGUUAGUGCACCGGAUUCUUCGAAUAAUCCAAUUAGUAGUACAAUCAUAAAGAGAAUAGGACUUGAUACUUCAUUUGCCCCUCCAACAACUUCACACCGAAGAGGAUCACGAUUGAUUCGUUUUGCACAACAUUUUCAAGAUCGUGCAAGAACUCGCCUUAAAUCUUAUUAUAUGUAUUAUUCAUUAAAUAACUUAUUUGAUUGGAUUGUUUAUAUACUUUGUUUGCUAACAAUAAUAACGCAUGCUAUCGAUAUUAAUACGCAUACAGUAUUUCGUGCACGUAUACAUAUGUAUAUUGCGUCAGUUACAGUUUUAUGUAUAUGGUUUCGAUUUAUGGUGUUCUUUCGAACAAUAACUAUAUCAGCCAAAACAUUAAGAUCAAAAUUAGUUGAAAUUAAAUUAGGAGAAUUGGUUAUUAUGGUUCGCAUGAUGUUUGAUGAUAUAAUACGUUUUCUAAUGGUUUUUCUUUUUCUUCUUGCACCAUAUGCAUUUGUUUUCUAUGCUGUUUUUGGCGGUCAACAAAUCAUUCAUAAUGAUUAUGAAAAAUCUCCUGAACUCUGCGAAUAUGCAUUACUUCAUUGUUCACUAUAUGAAUUAGAAAUUCCUUAUGAUGGAACUCCUGAUUCAUUUCGAAAUCGUGGUCAAUAUAUAUUUAAUAGCUCAGUAACUGAUCUUGAUCAAGCAAAAUGUUUCAACGCAACAUCAGCAUGCCGAAUAGUUCAACCAAAUGGCUUUGAAUCAUUUUACUCCUUAUUAUUUUCAAUUUUUCGUAUUGCCUUAGUCGACGAUAUUCCCAUUGAUUCGUUCACAGCUAUUGAUCGGUAUUUCGCUUCAUUUGUUUGUGGAACAUAUUUAUUAUUCACAGCAAUAUUAUCUAUAAAUAUAUUUAUUGGUCUUAUCUCAAAUGCUUUACAAACAGAAGCAUUUUCAACUGUUGAAGCACGGUUUCUUCUUGAACGUACUGAAGUUAUUUUAAAUUAUGAAUGGCGCUUAUCAAAACGUAGACGUUCACAAAUUCAAGAGCUUAUUCAUCGUUUCUGUUCACCACUACAAUUAAAUUGGAAAGACAUUAAUUUUGAUGCCUAUGGACAGUCACGUGAAGAACAACAGUCGAAAGCAUUAACAAGUUUUCGACAAACAAUUGAUAAACAAAAUGUACAAUUCGACACAUUUCGUAUACAAUUACAACAAAAAUUAAGUAACAUUGAAACAACAUUAACUAAAGUUCAACCAUCAGCCAAAACAUUAUCAUUAAGAGAGAUAGCUAUAGAAAAAUCACGAUCAAAUACACCAGUACCUUCAAGACGACCAUCAUUUCGUGAAAUUAGCGCAGAAAAAUUACCUGUACCUCAACAAGGACUAUCACCUUUACCAAUAAAUAAUCAAUCAUUGAUAUUUGAAGAAAUAACUCGGCUACGAGAACUCAUUGAAGAGAAAUUUCCAGGACAACCUGAUCAGUUGACAUCAGAUUCAGUUACUAGCAGUUCGCCAACACGUCAAUCAGUACCACAAAUAUAUCCUCCUCGUCAACAAUUAUUUGUAGAUACACGUGCUCUUUUACCAGUAAAUACCGAAUCUCAUAUGCAAACUUAUCCACAAGAUUUAAGUGAACGUGUAACUGAUCUACAAUUAGCUGUUAAUCGCCUUCAUCAAGAUGUUCAUGCUAUUCGACAAGUUAUCGAACGAAUGUCACCAUUAUCAACUAGCCUUAUUCUUGGCAGAACAACAGGACUAAAAUAA